UCCCCUCCUCCCUCCUCCCUCGUUCCAAGAUAACUCGGGAGUACCGGGAGAGGGAGGCGUCCUGGCCUCGGGCUCCCUCACACACCCAGAACCCCCAGCCUUGUAGCCGCUGCUGGCCCCCGCGGCACGUCUCUUUCCCUCGAGCUGAGGAAACAUUUCGGCCGUGAAUUGAGUAUCUCGCUCCCUCUCCAACCGCCGAGCUCACUCGCUGCCUCCUCCGGGUUCCGGUGGCAUUGGGGAGCCGGGCAAAGGCUCGGGCGGCAGGGAAGAGGCAGCAUCGGGGUCUCAGAGUGUCUCCCGGCACUGGCGAGGCGAGCGAGGGCGAGGUGGAGCGGAGAGAGAGGGAGAACGCCGGGCCCCCAGGCGUCCCUAGGCCCCUUCCUCAUUUUGCUGCCUUCUAGGGACCGCUCUGAUUUUUGCCAUCCCGAGCCACACUCAGCCCCAGAACAGCCAGGUGUCCCUUAGCCGCCACUCGCCCUCUCCGGCUGGGACAGAGCUCCGGGGGGCACCGGCUCCGCCCGCGGCAGGAGUGGGCGGCCAGCGCAGGCCCGGGAGCAAGAAAAUCUGCUCGGUCCCAGGCAGCCGCCGCUGCCCCUUUGAUGUUUUGGUACACCGUGCGCAUGCGCCUCACAUUAGAAUUACUGCACUGGGCAGACUAAGUUGGAUCUCCUCUCUUCAGUGAAACCCUCAAUCCCAUCAAAAACUAAAGGGAUGUGGAGAGUCCGGAAAAAGGGCUACUUUGGGAUUUGGUCAUUCCCCUUAAUAAUCGCCGCUGUCUGUGCGCAGAGUGUCAAUGACCCUAGUAAUAUGUCGCUGGUUAAAGAGACAGUGGAUAGACUCCUGAAAGGCUAUGACAUUCGUCUGAGACCAGAUUUUGGAGGUCCCCCUGUGGCUGUGGGAAUGAACAUUGACAUCGCCAGCAUUGAUAUGGUUUCCGAAGUUAAUAUGGAUUAUACCUUGACAAUGUAUUUCCAGCAAGCCUGGAGAGAUAAGAGACUGUCCUAUAAUGUAAUACCUUUAAACUUGACUCUGGACAACAGAGUGGCAGACCAGCUCUGGGUACCGGAUACCUACUUCCUAAAUGAUAAGAAGUCAUUUGUACAUGGAGUGACUGUCAAGAACCGCAUGAUCCGCCUGCAUCCAGAUGGGACCGUUCUUUAUGGCCUCAGAAUUACAACCACAGCUGCUUGCAUGAUGGACUUAAGGCGGUACCCACUGGAUGAACAAAACUGCACCUUGGAAAUUGAAAGCUAUGGAUAUACCACAGAUGACAUUGAGUUUUACUGGCGUGGGGAUGAUAACGCAGUAACAGGAGUAACAAAGAUUGAACUUCCACAGUUCUCUAUUGUGGAUUACAAACUUAUCACCAAGAAGGUCGUUUUUUCCACAGGUUCCUAUCCCAGGUUGUCCCUCAGCUUUAAGCUUAAGAGAAACAUUGGUUACUUUAUUCUGCAAACAUACAUGCCUUCCAUCCUGAUCACUAUCCUCUCCUGGGUGUCCUUCUGGAUUAAUUAUGAUGCAUCAGCUGCAAGAGUGGCAUUAGGAAUUACAACUGUCCUUACAAUGACCACGAUCAAUACCCACCUGCGGGAGACGCUCCCUAAAAUCCCUUAUGUGAAGGCCAUUGACAUGUACCUGAUGGGGUGCUUUGUCUUUGUUUUCAUGGCCCUUCUGGAAUAUGCUUUGGUCAACUACAUCUUUUUUGGGAGGGGACCCCAACGCCAAAAGAAAGCAGCUGAGAAAGCUGCCAGUGCCAACAACGAGAAGAUGCGCCUGGAUGUCAACAAGAUUUUUUAUAAAGAUAUUAAACAAAAUGGGACCCAAUAUCGAUCCUUGUGGGACCCAACUGGAAACCUCUCCCCAACUAGACGGACUACCAAUUACGAUUUCUCUCUGUAUACGAUGGACCCACAUGAGAACAUCUUACUGAGCACUCUUGAGAUAAAAAAUGAAAUGGCCACAUCUGAGGCCGUGAUGGGACUUGGAGACCCCAGGAGCACAAUGCUGGCCUAUGAUGCCACCAGCAUCCAGUACCGGAAAGCCGGCUUGCCCAGGCAUAGUUUCGGCCGAAAUGCCCUGGAACGACACGUGGCACAGAAGAAAAGCCGCCUGCGGAGACGUGCCUCCCAACUGAAAAUCACCAUCCCCGACUUGACUGAUGUGAAUGCCAUAGAUCGGUGGUCCCGCAUAUUCUUCCCAGUGGUUUUUUCCUUCUUCAACAUCGUCUAUUGGCUUUAUUAUGUGAACUAAAACAUAGCCUCCCAUGGGAAGCAAGGACUAGAUUCCUCCUCAAACCAGUUGUACAGCCUGACGUAGGACUUGGAAAACACAUCAAUCCAGGACAAAAGUGAUGCUAAAAUACCUUAGUUGCUGGCCUAUCCUGUGGUCCAUUUCAUACCAUUUGGGUUGCUUCUGCUAAGUAAACACUAGGUCCUUGUGGUUUUCCAGUUGAAAUGCAAGUGAUUUGUAUACAUGUUGGCAAGACUGUGUCUGAGUGUUCCACUUUAUCUGCCUAGUGUGCAGGCUAUACAGAGGGCAAUUAUUUAGAAGACAUUCUUAGAGGGCUCAGUAGCAUUGCCAGUCAUUUUUCUGAGAAGUGGUCAUACCCAGAUACUCCCCAUCUUCAUUUCUAACGUUGGCAUGCUGUUGAGAUGGCACUGUGCUUAUGAAACAUUAUUUGCAAUGCCAUGCAAACAUGCUUACUGAAGAUGGUCUAUGCCUGGUCUUAUUAAGGUGAUAAUGGUGUCAUGGGAAGAUAAUUCCCACUGGAUUCCAGAAAGUUCUCAAGUAGUUCAAACAGGAUAGGGAGACUGCAGACAAAGUCUCGGUAACCAAUUUGGCCAGUCUCUGCUUGAGCGUAGGGAGUCAACACUGAUGUCUUCCAUUGUGAUAGUUAGAAAUGGGACUGCUGAACAUUAUCAUGCAUGGUGGCCAAGAAAUGUUUCUAAAAAGCUGUUUCCUCGGUGGUUAAAAUAAGAGUUAAUAAUCCAGAGCAGAGUGAAAACAGAAGUGACUGUUGUAACAAAAUUAAAGCAGAUGAGCAGCAUGACCCUUAUCAGCCCCACGCAGCAUCUGGUUUAUACAUAUUUUGUACACAGCAAAAGGUCCAGUGAGAGAGAUUUUUUUCCCCCAACUUCACAAGCUUUUGAUAGCAGAUCUAAAGAAGUUUUUACAGUUUAUCUAAUCAAAAGACAACCACAAAAUAAAAAAGUUAGCAAAAUUAGAAGUAUCUUAGAUGUAGGUUAGAUUGCGAGUCAUUCAAAUACACUAACAUAGAGCACAGACAAAGCUAGCAAACAGGUUGAUCCUCUCAGACAAUGUCAGCUGUCUCUAUAACAUUUCCCUGUAAGUUUAUUUCUGAAUUUAAUAGGGUAUUUCAAAAGAAGGAUUUGUUCGUUUCUUUAAAGGAUUAAUGGUCCUUUCCAGCUUUUCUUGUUUCUGAAAUCCUGAUUAUAUUCUUAGGAGACAGUCAAAGUAAGGCUUUGAAGAGAUUGAUUGAACUACAUUUCCUUAUGUGCAGUGAAAUUCACCUUUGUAUUUUUCAUAGCAAACAAUACUUAAAGGAUUAUGUGCACAAGUAGAGUUAGUUUGUGGGUUUGUUGGAUUUGACUUUUUAAGGAUGCUUACAUAGUGUAUGUUGCAACUGACCUAAUGAGAGAAAAUAUGAAAAGUAGUGUAGCAUAGGAUAAAAACAAAGCCACAUUAACAUGAUGAAUGUUAUGAGCCUCAGUUGAUAUUAUAGAAAAAUAUGUAACUGAUAGGCAGGCAUGAUGUAUUGUUUUUAUCCAAUUUUUGAAUUAUGUCAGUGUGAUGCUUUCUAUACUAAUUGGACAUAUGCAUUCAUAUGUAAGACAGUAAAGAGAAUAAGCUAAUAUAUUUUAUUUCUAUCAAUGUGAGGUUCAUACUUUGUUUUCUUGGAGAAAAUAGUGAAUCGCUAAUUUCUCCUUAAAGUUUGAUUUGAUUGAAUUUUUUCUUGGAGGAUGACUUUGCUAUUUCUAUUUUAAAAACAAAAAACACUUAUUUUUCAAAGUAACAUCCCUAAUUGUGCAUAGUAGCCAAGGCCAGUAUUUGCCUGUGGAUUAAAUGUAUGGUUUUUUUCCCCCCUAAUAAUUCAGCAGCUUGGAAUAUGAUGGAGUUCUGAUGCCCUCCUAUUCCAAUUUUCAGAGAUAGGGGGUAAAAAAGGGUUUAGCAUUCAGCUUUCUAAAUUUUCUCCAAGAUGGGAGGUAUUUUUUUUUUCCUUCACCAGCAAAGGGAACUCUGGCCUUUAUUUUUUGAUUAUACACUUGAACACCUCUGAGUAUGGUCUUUGGGCAGAAUCCAACUAAGUUUCUGUUCAUAGGCUCAGAGUAGAAAUUCCUCAAGCUUCUCCAGGGAUACGAUUUCUCCUAGGCAAUCAUUUUGGGGCAUCACUCUAAUAAAGGUGCCUGUCCCUUGUUGCCAGGGGUUAAAGUUUGAGUAACAUAUAUCAGGAAGGAGCAUAUCGAUAACUCAGGUGCACAACUCCAAAUUCCAUUCUGGAAAGGUUUUUCUAGAGACAACUCAGAGCCCAAGUCUAGAAAUGGGCUCUUAUCUGCAAUUAUCAUAAAAGCCAUAAAAAUCCUUGAUAUUGUCAUUUAUGGUUACAACAAAAUUUCAAUGUCCAGGGAAGUCACCACAGUAAUCUAGAUCAAAGUGAGACAAGAAACUUUGCAACAUGAGCCUCAAAAGCAUGUGACCAGGGAUUCAUUUCUGCUCACAGUGACAAAACAAAACAAAACAGAAAAAGGAGAAACAUGGGAGCUUGACACAGAUGCUCUAGAGCAAAAUUCAUAUAUUGGCAUUCAAUAACCACAUAGGUAGAAACGACUGAUUCAUCCUGCCCAGAGAUAUCAGUAGAUGUAGAAUUUAAUUUUAACUCUAUUUUUAUUGUAGUUGAAUUGGAUUGUAGUCACCAAAUUGAGGGCGGGUUGGGGAGGGGUGCUAGAUCUUAUAAAUCUUUGAAGACCAGUCAGCUUGAUAUCCAGUGGUUAAAUUUAAGGACCACAAAAAUGUGUUUUGGCAAUUCUGAUAUGGUAUUACUAUCACUUUAUACAUAUAUAUAUAGUUUUCUUUUGAUUAUGAAACAGCCAGAUAGCCAGCAAUUAAGGUGUUUUUCAUCUUUGUGAAAUUCAUAGGCAAAUUCUGACUCUAAAAUGCACAGUCUAAAUGAAACCUUUGAUCUCAAUCUGUAUAUAUAUAUUGUACAUGACUGCUAGUAGGUAUGAAAUGCAUUUUCAGAAUUGAAAACUCAUG